AUGAGCAUUGCUGAGCUAAAUGGUGUCCGUUUUUGUUUCCAUGAAAAGGGCAUCCCAGUUUCACCAUGCAUAGUGGUCUCGGGUCCACCAGGAUGCGGAAAAUCUUAUCUGGUUCGUUCUGCUCUUCAACGUUGUGCUGAAAUCAACAGCAACUUUCGGUACAUAAGUGUUAGCUCUUUUGAGGCCUGUCCUCACAAAAUGACCGGCGCAGCACUCCCGUCUCGCAGCGUCAGCCUCUUCAAUCUUAUUCUUUCCGAGUUUGAACACCGUUUCCUUCCUUCUCACUCGGAUUUCGAGUUUAAAUGUGAUAAUGCAGCCUCGUUCAUUGAAAAAGCAUGCGAGCUCUUCCACAAGAUUGCGACGAAUGGGGAUUUUGGUAGGAUAACACUUGACUUUCUAGCGGCUUUAGCAACAUUUUGCAUCACAUUUUAUCAAGCUGAAAAGCUUCGAGAUUUGGCUGACAACAUAAUUCCUAUUAUGGUGAACCUUAAUACUUUGGUGCAUGACCAUAUGCGCAUGCUGUAUCCCGGUUUUGGGGCAUCAAGUAUAGUCACCAUAUUUAUCACUUCAUGCUCAUGGUACAAAUUUUAUUCGGGUACAUUUGCGUCCGAGCCAACGUGUCUUUACUUGAAGGCCUAUACUCGGGAACAGCUGGCGCAAAUUCUCAUCAAGGCUGCGUCUAACGAGUCGCCACGCUAUGCGAGAUUCAUCGACAUCCUCCUAACCGUUUGUCUGCCUGUCACUCGGAACACCAAUGAACUGCUCUUUUUGGCUCAGUUCAACUGGAAGGCGUUUGACAAGCCGGUGGCUCGUGGGCUGGUGGCAGAAGAUGAUGAGUGGGGUCAAUACCACUACGCAUUACCAAAACUCAGGCGCUCCCUGUCGACGAUCUACCUGCGACCUGAGUAUGAUAGCACUUCGUCCUCCGAUGAGGAAAAAUCUGAUACUGAGAGUCAGCCUGCGCAGACUAACUUGAAUGCGCUAGAGAUACCUCUUUAUCCUCGCUACCUCCUCCUUGCCGCUUACAUUGCCUCCUACAAUCCUAAGAAGUCAGAUAAACGAUUCUUUGUUAAGAAUACCGGUAAGAUGUCCUCAAGAACCAAACAUUACGAGAAGCGAGCUGAACAUACCAACUGCCAUCUCUACGGUCCUCGCCUCUUCUCUCUGGACCGGCUACUGGCGAUCUUCUAUGCGCUCCUCAACCUAGAGGGCAUCAAGGAAGGUGCUAGUUCUACAUCGAUGCCGGAGAUGACGAGUCUACUAUUGAGCUGGGUAGGUGGAUUGUGCGGACUAGGGUUAAUGGCAUCGGCGUCGGGUGCCGCAGCCGUGGGUAGCAUGACUGCUACUACUCCAGCUCUGGUCGGUGAGUCCUCUGCUGGUUGCUCUGAGGACCCUCUGUUCAAUCCGCGCUAUCGCUGUCUCAUUAACCUAGAGACGGCACGCACAGUCGCCAAGUCCGUCGACCUCGAUAUCAACCGAUAUCUUCUCGACUUUCUUUAA